AUGGUCUCUCUCGAGUACCUUAAGGCGGCUCGCAUAAAGCAGCAGCAGCCAAGCACCUCCAAAUCCAACCCGUUCGGGGAUGAGGAGGACAUCCUCGACGGGUAUCCGCACAUGUCCAUGUUCAAGUUCUUGGACGAAGACUCAUUCCCCUUACCCGCGCCCAUUGGGCCGCCUACAAAGAAACAAACACCUAUUAGGCCACCUGGUCUUCCGAGCCCUCGGUUGGGCUUUAUUGAGUUGCACCACCCGCGUCCUCGCCGCGUCCCCGCGCAUAUAGAAGCACUUGCGCGCUUCGAGGAGAUGGCACAGACUAUGGACUGUGCCGAGUUUGUUGCGAAUGGAAAAGGCGUGAAGAAGCCGGUACGCGAGCCCGUCUUCAGGCCUCUUACGGAGGAAGAGGAAGCCGCACGGCGGGUUAAAUGGGCUAUGUCUAAGGCGACGAAACCCAACUGGCAACAAAAACGCGAACGCGUGUUCUUCAUGCCCGAAGAACUUAGCGCGCAACCGGCAUCAGGGAGCACAUCAGAAGGUCUUGCCUGCAUUUCGCCGAGCUUCCUGGACCAUUUCCCGGAGCACGCGAAGCGACAGAUGCUUUGGGGACACGGACCACGACCCGAAGACCUUCCGAAGUCGUCCUUCGUUUUGACGAGUGCGACCAUUCGUCGGGUCGUACCUCCUACCAGCCCCACGCCACCCUUGCCUUUCCAGAGCAAGGUCGAUAAUGCUGUCCAGGAGGGCCAUGAAGCGGGCCCGCUGGACUAUUGUGAGGAUGAUUACCCCAACUACUCGUGGUCGGAGCACGACAGCGACUUCGACGACGUCGAACAACUGGAAGAGGACAAUGGCCACUACUUCACCAAAUCAUUCGACGAACAAUCAUCUGUGCAGGAGUGCGAAGACAGCGAGUACAAGGAGUAUUGUACAGCAUCUGAUUUCUCAGGUUAUGAUGCGGAUGAUGAUACCUUUGGCGAUGGGGAUGGUUCUGUAUACGCGCCCUCUUCUCGCGCCAGCCCGAACCCAUUCCUAUUCCCGUGUCCAUAUUCGUCAACUGGAUCUCUGACCUACUCUUCGUCCCCGUCUCUGACUGAUUGCCAACGUUCUGUAUACUCUGGAUCUUCUGAAGAGGUCAGCGAACGCUUCCUCCGUCCACAGAAUGGACGGACUCGGAAGAAGCUUCUAACGAAGCGACGAGGCUCCUCAAUGCCAACUGCUACGCCAUGUUGGGUAUGGCGACCCGGGCCAGGCACGCCCUUUGCGGUCUCAUCACUGCGACGCCUCGACAUUGAGGGCCCGUCAUGGACGACAACACCCGGGCGCGGUAUUACCCCCGGGUCCAGCUGUCGGUCCGGCCGCCUCAUACAUUACGAAGGCUGUCGACUUCCAGGGCUUUUAGUCCUCAAGUACAUAUUUGCAGUAUAG